UGUGCAUGUGUGUGCAUGCGUGUGUGUGUGUGUGUGUGUGUGUGUGUGUGCGUGCGUGCACCCCCAGGUCCUCACAUCCGGGCGUCCCAGUGCCCCCCCAACGAGUACCAGUGCGGGGGGACGGAGCUCUGCAUCCACAUGAGCCGGCUCUGCAACGGGGUCCCGGACUGCACCGACGGCUGGGACGAGGGCCCCCACUGCAGAGAGUACGCCUCUAACUGCACCCAGUCUUCGUGUCAGGACGGCUGUGCAGUGACGCCCUCCGGGGGGGCCUGCUACUGUCACAGCGGCUACCAGAUCAACCAGGACGGGACCACCUGCAGAGACUUCGAUGAGUGCGGUGUGUACGGGACCUGCAGCCAGUCCUGCACCAACACCAACGGGUCGUACGCCUGCUCCUGCGUGGAGGGCUACCUCCCCCAGCCCGACAACCGCUCCUGCAAGGCCAAGAACGUGCCCGUGGACCGCCUGCCCGUCCUGUUGAUCGCCAACUCCCAGAACAUCCAGGCCACCUCGCUGAGCGGCAUCACCGUCCACAGCCUGCUGUCCGCCAGCACCAAGCAGACCACCGCCAUGGACUUCCUGUACGCGCAGGAAACGGUCUGCUGGAUCCACGUGGGCGAGGCCCCGGCGCCCACGCACCUGCUGUGUGCCAAGAUCACCAACCUGAAGAGCUUCACCGAGGAGAGGGUGAUCAACGUCUAUAUCAGCCUACAGCGUGAGGACACCGUCCUCAAAGAGGGGAUCCACACGGUGGAGGGCAUCGCGGUGGACUGGAUGGCGGACAACCUGUACUGGACGGACGACGGGCCCAAGAAGUCCAUCAGCGUGGCCCGUCUGGAGAAGGCCUCGCAGACCCGCAAGACCCUGGUGGAGGGCAAGAUGACCCACCCCCGCGCCAUUGUGGUGGACCCCCUGCACGGGUGGAUGUACUGGACGGACUGGGAGGAGGACCCCAAGGAGAGCAAGCGGGGGAAGAUCGAGAGGGCCUGGAUGGACGGGACGAACCGCGACGUGUUCCUGAGCAGCAAGACGGUGCUGUGGCCCAACGGCCUGAGCCUGGACAUCCCCGCCGGGCUGCUCUACUGGGUGGACGCCUACUACGACCGCAUCGAGAUGGUGCACCUCAACAGCUCAGAGCGCAAGACGGUGUACGAGGGAAAGGAACUGAGCCACGCCUUUGGCCUGUGCCACUACAAGCACUUCCUGUUCUGGAACGAGUACCGCAGCGGCAGCAUCUACCAGCUGGACACCGGCACGGGCGUGGCCACCCUGCUGCGCAACGAGAGGCCGCCCAUCUUCGAGAUCCGCAUGUACGACGCCCAACAGCAGCAAGGUACCAACGCGUGCCGCCCUUACAACGGGGGCUGCAGCAGCCUCUGCCUCUCCAUCCCGGGCGGCCGGUCGUGCGCCUGCGCAGAAGACCAGAUCCUAAACCCUGCGGACAACACCAGCUGUACCGCCAACCCGUCCUACCUGCCACCCCCCCAGUGCCAGCCGGGGGAGUUCGCCUGCAGGAACAACCGCUGCAUCCAGGACCGCUGGAAGUGCGACGGGGACAACGACUGCCUGGACAACAGCGACGAGGCCCUGGAGCUCUGCCACCAGCACACCUGUCCCACCGACCGCUUCAAGUGUCACAACAACCGCUGCAUCCCGCUGCGCUGGCUAUGUGAUGGAGACAACGACUGUGGCAACGACGAGGACGAGUCCAACACCACCUGCUCAGCCCGGACCUGCCCCCCCAACCAGUUCUCGUGUGCCAGUGGCCGCUGCAUCCCCAUCUCCUGGACCUGCGACCUGGACGACGACUGCGGGGACCGAUCGGACGAGCCCGACUCCUGCGCCUACCCCACCUGUUUCCCGCUCACUCAGUUCACCUGCAACAACGGCCGUUGCAUCAACAUCAACUGGAGGUGUGACAACGACAACGACUGCGGGGACAACAGUGACGAGGCGGGCUGCAGCCACUCCUGUUCCAGCGCUCAGUUCAAGUGCAACAGCGGCCGCUGCAUCCCGGACUACUGGACCUGUGACGGAGACAACGACUGCGGAGACUACAGCGACGAGACGCACGCCAACUGCACCAAUCAGGCCACUCGCCCGCCCGGAGGCUGCCACACGGAUGAGUUCCAGUGUCGUCAUGACGGCCUGUGCAUCCCACUGCGCUGGCACUGCGACGGAGACACGGACUGCAUGGACCUGAGCGACGAGAAGCACUGCGAGGGCGUGACCCACAUGUGCGACCCGGCCGUCAAGUUCGGCUGCAAGGACUCAGCUCGCUGCAUCAGCAAGGCCUGGGUGUGCGACGGCGACAGCGACUGCGAGGACAACUCCGACGAGGAGAACUGCGAGGCACUGGUGUGCAAGCUGUCGCACCACGUGUGUGCCAACGACUCCACCAUCUGCCUGCCCUCGGAGAAGCUCUGCGACGGGACGGACGACUGCCCCGAUGGCUCGGACGAGAAGCUCUGCGACUUGUGUUCCCUGGACAACGGCGACUGCAGCCACAACUGCAGCGUGUCCCCCGGGGACGGCGUGGUCUGCACCUGCCCCCUGGGCAUGGAGCUGGGCGCCGACAACAGGACCUGUCAGAUCCAGAGCUUCUGCGCCAAACACCUCAAGUGCAGCCAGCGCUGCGAGCAGGACAAGUUCAGCGUCAAGUGCUCCUGCUACGAGGACUGGGAGCUGGAGCCCGACAUGGAGAACUGCAAGAGCACAGAUCCUUUCAAACCCUUCAUCAUCUUCUCGAACCGCCACGAGAUCCGCCGCAUCGACCUGAACAAGGGAGAGUUCAGCGUGCUGGUGCCGGGCCUCAGGAACACCAUCGCCCUGGACUUCCACCUUGCCCAGAACUCCCUCUACUGGACCGACGUGGUGGAGGACAAGAUCUACCGCGGGAAGCUCUCGGAGAACGGAGCCCUGACCAGCUUCGACGUGGUGAUCCAGUACGGCCUGGCCACGCCCGAGGGGCUGGCGGUGGACUGGAUCGCCGGCAACAUCUACUGGGUGGAGAGCAACCUGGACCAGAUCGAGGUGGCCAAGCUGGACGGCACCAUGAGGACCACCCUGCUGGCCGGGGAGGUGGAGCACCCGCGGGCCAUCGCCCUGGACCCCCGCGACGGGAUCCUGUUCUGGACGGACUGGGACGCCAGCCAGCCCCGCAUCGAGGCGGCCUCCAUGAGCGGAGAGGGCCGGAAGACCAUCCACAAGGAGAGGGGCAGCGGGGGCUGGCCCAACGGGCUCACCGUGGACUACCUGGAGAGACGCAUCCUCUGGAUAGACGCCAGGUCGGACGCCAUCUACUCGGCGCGGUACGACGGCUCGGGUCUGAUCGAGGUGCUGCGGGGCCACGAGUACCUGUCGCACCCCUUCGCCGUCACCAUGUACGGGGGGGAGGUGUACUGGACCGACUGGAGGACCAACACGCUGGCCAAGGCCAACAAGUGGACGGGGGGCAACGUGACGGUGGUGCAGAGGACCAACACCCAGCCCUUUGACCUGCAGGUGUACCACCCCUCUAGACAGCCCCAAGCUCCUAACCCGUGUGCGGCCAACGAGGGCCUGGGCCCGUGCUCCCACCUCUGCCUCAUCAACUACAACCAGACCUUCUCCUGCGCCUGCCCCCACCUCAUGAAGCUGGGGGAGGACCGCCACACCUGCUAUGAGUGGCGUCAGUUCCUGCUGUACGCGCGUCAGAUCGAGAUCCGCGGCGUGGACAUCGACAACCCGUACUACAACUACAUCAUCUCCUUCACGGUGCCCGACAUCGACAACGUGACGGUGGUGGACUACGACGCCCUGGAGCGACGCAUCUACUGGUCCGACGUCCGCACGCAGACCAUCAAGAGGGCCUUCAUCAACGGCACGGGCGUGGAGACGGUGGUGUCAGCGGACCUGCCCAACGCCCACGGGCUGGCGGUGGACUGGGUGUCCCGGAACCUGUUCUGGACCAGCUACGACGCCAACAAGAAGCAGAUCAACGUGGCGCGGCUGGACGGCUCCUUCAAGAACGCCGUCAUCCAGGGCCUGGACCGACCGCACUGCCUGGUGCUGCACCCCACCCUGGGUAAGCUGUACUGGACCGAUGGGGACAACAUCAGCAUGGCGAACACCGACGGCAGCAACCGUAGCGUCCUGUUCACCAAUCAGAAAGGCCCGGUCGGUCUGUCGAUCGACUUCGGCGCGGAGCGGCUGUACUGGAUCAGCUCGGGGAACAGCAGCAUCAGCCGCUGCAGGAUGGACGGCAGUGGGCUGGAGGUCCUGGAAGGGGCCCAGGGCCGCUUGACGAAGGGCACGGCCCUGGCCAUCAUGGGCGAGACCCUGUGGUGGGCGGACCAGGGCACGGACCAGAUGGGGACCUGCGACAAGGCUGAUGGGGGCCACUGGAGGGUCCUGAGGAACAGCACCUCCCCCAUGAUGCACAUGAAGGUCUACAACGAGACGGUGCAGACAGGCACCAAUCGGUGCAGCAUCAACAACGGCGACUGCUCCCAGCUGUGUCUUCCCACGUCCGCCGUCUCCCGCGCCUGCAUGUGCACGGCGGGGUACAGCCUGCGGAGCGGCCAGCAGUCCUGCGAGGGGGUGGGCUCCUUCCUGCUGUACUCGGUCCACGAGGGGAUCCGCGGCAUCCCCCUGGACCCCUCGGACAAGUCGGACGCCCUGGUGCCGGUGUCGGGCACCUCGCUCGCCGUGGGCAUCGACUUCCACGCCGACAACGACACCAUCUACUGGGUGGACAUGGGCCUCAGCACCAUCAGCCGCGCCAAGAGGGACCAGACCUGGAGGGAGGACGUGGUCACCAACGGCAUCGGCCGCGUGGAGGGCAUCGCCGUGGACUGGAUCGCAGGGAACAUCUACUGGACGGACCAGGGCUUCGACGUGAUCGAGGUGGCCCGGCUCAACGGCUCCUUCCGCUACGUGGUCAUCUCCCAGGGCCUGGACAAGCCGCGCGCCAUCACCGUGCACCCGGAGAAAGGCUACCUGUUCUGGACGGAGUGGGGUCAGUACCCCCGUAUCGAGCGGUCCCGUCUGGACGGGACAGAGAGGGCCGUGCUGGUCAACGUGAGCAUCAGCUGGCCCAACGGCAUCUCCAUCGACUACCAGGAGGGCCUGCUGUACUGGUGUGACGCCCGGACAGAUAAGAUCGAGCGCAUCAACCUGGAGACCGGGGAGAACCGGGAGGUGGUGCUGGCCAACAACAACAUGGACAUGUUCUCUGUGUCCGUGUUCCAGAACUACAUCUACUGGAGCGACCGAACACACGCCAACGGCUCUAUAAAGAGAGGGAAUAAGGACAACGCCACAGAGUCCAUGUCUCUGCGGACGGGCAUCGGCGUGCAGCUCAAGGACAUCAAGGUGUUCAACCGCGCCCGGCAGCAAGGGACCAACAUCUGCAAGGACAACAACGGCGGCUGCCAGCAGCUCUGCCUGUUCGCGGGCAACGGCCGGCGGACGUGCGCCUGCGCCCACGGCACGCUGGCGGAGGACGGCCAGCGUUGCCGCGACUACGACGGCUACCUGCUGUACUCGGAGCGCACCAUCCUGAAGAGCGUGCACCUGUCGGACGAGAACAACCUCAACGCGCCCAUCAAGCCCUUCGAGGACCCCGAGCACAUGAAGAACGUCAUCGCUCUCACCUUCGACUUCCGGGGCGGCGGCGGCGGCAAGGGCGCCAACCGCGUCUUCUUCAGCGACAUCCACUUCGGGAACAUCCAGCAGAUGAACGACGACGGCUCCGACCGCAAGACGGUGGUGGAGAACGUGGGUUCAGUGGAGGGCCUUGCGUACCACCGGGGCUGGGACAUGCUGUACUGGACCAGCUACACCACCUCCACCAUCACCCGCCACACUGUGGACCAGGCCCGCUGGGGCGCGGCCAACCGCCACACCGUGGUGUCCAUGUCCGGGGACGACCACCCGAGGGCCUUCGUCCUGGACGAGUGUCAGAGCCUGAUGUUCUGGACCAACUGGAACGAGCUGUCCCCCAGCAUCAUGCGGGCCACGCUGGCGGGGGCCAACGUCCUGGUGAUCAUCGGCAGCGACAUCCGGACGCCCAACGGGCUCGCCAUCGACCACCGCGCCGAGAAGCUCUACUUCUCCGACGCCACGCUGGACAAGAUCGAGCGCUGCGAGUACGACGGCAGCCGGCGAUACGUGGUUCUGAAGAACGAGCCGGUGCACCCCUUCGGCCUGGCCGUGUACGGGGACUACAUCUUCUGGACGGACUGGGUGAGGCGGGCCGUGCUGCGGGCCGACAAGUACACCGGAGGGGACAUGAAGGUGCUGCGGGCCGACAUCCCCCAGCAGCCCAUGGGGAUAGUGGCGGUGGCCAACGGCACCAACAGCUGUGAGUUCUCGUUGUGUCGUGUGAACAACGGCGGCUGCCAGGACCUGUGUCUGCUGACGUCGGAGGGCCGGAUCAACUGCAGUUGCCGUGGCGACAGGAAACUUAUGGAGGACAACACCUGCAUCACGCUCAACACCACCUGUGACCGCAUCGACGACUUUGAGUGCGGCAACGGGGACUGUGUGAACUACACGCAGACCUGCGACGGCAUGGUGCACUGCAAGGACAAGUCUGACGAGAAGCUCUUCUACUGCGCGAACCGCGCGUGUAAGAAGGGGUACAGGAAGUGCACCAACGGUCGCUGCGUGGGACACACCAACUGGUGCAACGGCCGCAACGACUGCGGAGACAACUCGGACGAGGCCUUCUGCAACGCCACGCUGUGUUCGGUGGAGCAGUUCCAGUGUCGUGACGGCGGCUGCAUCUCCAACUCCAGCACGUGCAACCAGAAGGCGGACUGUGACGACGCCAGCGACGAGAUGAACUGCUCGGCCACCGACUGCUCCAGCUACUUCCUGGGGGUGAAGGGGAUGAGCUUCCAGAAGUGUGAGUUCACCACGCUGUGCUGCCCCUCGUGGCAGUGUGACGGCGCCAACGACUGCGGAGACUUCUCCGACGAACGCAACUGCCAGGGCUGUGAUUGGUUCCCCCCAGACAGCAGGAAGGCCAAGUCGCCGGCCACCUUCUUCUUCUGCCCCAGCGGCCGCUGCAUCCCCACCAGCUGGACCUGCGACAAGGACAACGACUGUGAGAACGGGGAGGACGAGCUGAACGGGGAGGACGAGCUCCACUGUGAUAAGUCGUGCUCGGCCUCCCAGUUUGACUGUGGGAACCACCGUUGCAUCCCCCAGCGCUGGGUGUGUGACGGAGCGGACGACUGCGGCGACGGCAGCGAUGAGGACAGCAAGUGCAAGAGCAAGACCUGCGGGCCCGAGUCCUUCCAGUGCCCCGGCUCCCACGUCUGCAUCCCACAGCACUGGAAGUGUGACGGGGCGGACUGCUCCGACAGCGGGGACGAGAGUGUCAAGGCCGGCUGUGGUGAGGAGAGCUCGCGUCGUCAACGUCUGGUCGUUGUUCACAACACGUGCAGCAGCAGCAGUGAGUUCAUGUGUCAGAACCGCCAGUGCAUCCCCAAGCACUACAAGCACUACGUGUGUGACCACGACACCGACUGCAGCGACGGGUCGGACGAGUCCAUGGAGUGCGAGUACCCGACCUGCCGGCCCAGUGAGUUCCGCUGUGCCAACGGCCGCUGCCUGGUGCAGAGCUCCUGGGAGUGCGACGGGGACUUCGACUGUCACGACCGCUCCGACGAGGCCCCCAAGAACCCCCGCUGCAACGGCCCCGAGAAGAAGUGUAACGACACGGCGUACCCGUGCGCUAACGGCGUGUGCGUGGCGGAGGCGGUGCUCUGCGACCACAAGGACGACUGCGGCGACGGCUCCGACGAGCUCAACUGCUUCAUCGACGAGUGCGUGAACAGCCGUCUGAGCGGCUGCUCCCAGCUCUGCCACGACCUCAAGAUAGGCUUCAAGUGCAGGUGCCUCCCCGGCUUCCGGCUGAAGGACGACGGCAAGACGUGCGCGGACGUGGACGAGUGCUCCACCACCUACCCCUGCACCCAGCGCUGCAUCAACACCCACGGCAGCUUCCACUGCCUCUGCGUGGACGGCUUCCAGCUCACCGAGGACCCCACCAUCUGCAAGUCCACCUCGGAGGAGGAGCCCUUCCUGAUCUUCGCCAACCGCUACUUGAGGAAGCUCAACCUGGAUGGCUCCAACUACACCCUGAUCAAACAGGGCCUGAACAACGCCGUGGCGCUGGACUUUGACUACCGCCAGCAGAUGAUCUACUGGACGGACGUCACCACGCAGAGCAGCAUGAUCCGCCGCAUGCACAUCAACGGCAGCGACGUGCAGGUCCUCCACCGCACCUCGCUCAGCAACCCCGACGGGCUGGCCGUGGACUGGGUGGCCGGGAACCUGUACUGGUGCGACAAGGGCCGGGACACCAUCGAGGUGUCCAAGCUGAACGGGGCCUACCGCACCGUGCUGCUCAACAGCGGGCUGAGGGAGCCCCGCGCCAUCGCCGUGGACGUCCGCUACGGGUACCUGUACUGGUCCGACUGGGGGGAGAACCCCCACAUCGGGCGGGUGGGCAUGGACGGCACCAACCGCAGCGUGGUCGUGGAGGACCGCAUCACCUGGCCCAACGGCCUGACGCUGGACCUCAUCAACGACCGCAUCUACUGGGCCGACGCCCGCGAGGACUACAUCCAGUUCGCCAGCAUGGACGGCUCCAACCGACACACGGUUCUGACCCAGGACAUCCCGCACAUCUUCGCCAUGACCCUGUUUGAGGAGUUCAUCUACUGGACGGACUGGGAGACCAAGUCCAUCAACCGAGCCCACACAACCCAGGGCACCAACAAGACCAUGCUGAUCAGCACCCUGCAUCGGCCCAUGGACGUCCACAUCUACCACCCCUACCGCCAGCCCCAAGUGGAUAACCACCCAUGUCAGAGCGAUAACGGCGGCUGCAGUAACCUGUGUCUGCUGUCCCCGGGCGGCGGCUUCAAGUGCGCCUGCCCCACCAACUUCUACCUGGCGGCCGACGGCAGGCACUGCAUGUCCAACUGCACCGCCAGUCAGUUUGUCUGCAAGAACGACAAGUGCAUCCCGUUCUGGUGGAAGUGCGACACGGAGGACGACUGCGGCGACCGCUCGGACGAGCCCGCAGACUGCCCGGAGUUCAAGUGCAGACCGGGACAGUUCCAGUGUGGGACGGACAUCUGCACCAACCCAGCCUACAUCUGUGACGGAGACAACGACUGCCGGGACAACUCUGACGAGGCCAACUGCGACAUCCACGUGUGUCUGCCCAGCCAGUUCAAAUGCACGCACCCCAGCCGCUGCAUCCCCGGGAUCUUCCGCUGCAACGGCCAGGACAACUGUGGGGAAGGGGAGGACGAGAAGGACUGCCCCGAGGUGACCUGCGCCCCCAACCAGUUCCAGUGCUCCAUCACCAAGCGCUGUAUCCCCCGCGUCUGGGUCUGCGACCGCGACAACGACUGUGUGGACGGCUCCGACGAGCCCGCCAACUGCACCCAGAUGUCAUGCGGUGUGGACGAGUUCCGCUGUAAGGACUCCGGUCGCUGCAUCCCGGCACGCUGGAAGUGUGACGGCGAGGACGACUGCGGAGACGCCUCGGACGAACCCAAAGAGGAGUGCGCCGAGCGGACCUGCGAGCCGUACCAGUUCCGCUGCAAGAACAACCGCUGUGUGCCGGGCCGCUGGAAGUGUGACUACGACAACGACUGCGGCGACAACUCCGACGAGGAGCAGUGUGUGCCACGGCCGUGCUCGGAGAGCGAGUUCUCCUGCAGCAACGGCCGCUGCAUCGCCGGCCGCUGGAAGUGCGACGGCGACCACGACUGCGCCGACGGCUCGGACGAGCACAACUGUGUGGUGCGGUGCGACAGCGACCAGUUCCAGUGCCGGAGCGGUCACUGCAUCCCCAUCCGCUGGCGCUGUGACACCGACCCCGACUGCAUGGACUCCAGCGACGAGCAGAAAUGCGACAACAUCGCGGGCCGCCGCUGCCCCCUGGAUGAGUUCCAGUGUAACAACACCCUGUGCAAGCCGCUGAGCUGGCGCUGCGACGGAGAGGACGACUGCGGGGACAACUCUGACGAGAACCCCGAGGAGUGUGCUAAAUUCCAGUGCCCACCCAUGCGGCAGCUGCGUUGCCAUAACGACCGCGUGUGCCUGCCGAUGGAGAAGAGAUGCGACGGCGUCAACAACUGCGGCGACAACAGCGACGAGCUGAAAUGCGGCACCGUCCCGGCCACGCUCCGGUGCCAGAAGGACGAGUUCCGGUGCGAUAACGGCCGCUGCAUCAGCUCCACGCUGCGAUGCAACUACUUCAAUGACUGUGAGGACUACGGCUCCGACGAGGUCUCCUGCAACAAGUUCGACACGGCUCUGAACGACUGCCACAGCAACCGGAGCGUGUGUGGCGACGGGGACGAGGCCCACUGCGUGGUCAACGGCACCGACUCCUACUGCUCCUGCAAGCCCGGCUUCCAGUCCUCCGGGCGCAACAGAUGCCAAGAUAAGAACGAGUGUGCGCAGUUUGGAGUGUGUUCUCACAUCUGCAACAACACCAAGGGCUCGUACAAGUGCAGCUGCCAAAAGCACUUCUCCAGGAUCAACGAGACCUGCAAGGCCGAUGCUCCGAGACAGGUGCUCUACAUCGGCAACGACAACGAGAUCCGCAGUCUGGACCCGGGGAUGCCCAUCUGGCGCUACGAGCUUGCCUUCGAGGGCGACGCCAACGUCCGCAUCGACGCCAUGGACGUGUUCGUGAAAACCAACCGCAUCUACUGGACCAACUGGCACACGGGCCGCAUCUCCUCCUACGACCUGCCCUCGCUCUCCUCGCCCAACAACAACCGCCAGGGAGACGCCCGGGUCAGCAGUCUGGAGAUCCCGGACCUGCAGAUGCCGCGGGGCAUCGCCGUGGACUGGGUGGCGGGGAACCUGUACUGGACGGACUCGGGCCGGGACGUCAUCGAGGUGGCUCAGAUCAGCGGGGGGCGCCACCGCAAGACCCUCAUCUCGGGCAUGAUCGACGAGCCCUACGCCAUCGUGGUGGACCCGCCCCGGGGGAAGAUGUACUGGGCAGACUGGGGCAACCACCCCAAGAUCGAGACGGCUGGCAUGGACGGCACCAUGAGGGAGACUUUAGUGGAACACAUCAUCCAGUGGCCCACCGGUCUGGCGGUCGACUACUUCAACGAGCGCCUCUACUGGGCCGACGCCAAGCUGUCCAUCAUCGGCAGCGUGCGGCUGAACGGCAGCGACCCCGUGGUCGCCGUGUCGGGCAUCAAGAACCAUCUUUACCACCCGUUCAGCAUCGACGUCUUCGAGGACUACAUCUAUGGCGUCACCUCCUUCGACAACCACGUGUUCCGGGUCAACAAGUUUGGGCGUGGCGCGGUGGAGAACCUGACCAUGGGCAUCAACCACGCCACCGACCUGGUGCUGUUCCACCGCUACAAGCAGCCUGACUUGCCUAACCCCUGCGACAGGAAGAAGUGUGAGUGGCUGUGCCUGCUGAGCCCGAGCGGCCCGGUCUGCGUCUGCCCCAACGGACGCACGCUGGACAACGGCACCUGUGUGGAGCUGCCCCCGCCCACCCUGUCCCCACUGGCGCCCCCCAGUGGCCCGUGUGCGGUGCAGUGUCUGCACGGCGGCAGCUGCUUCCUGAACGCCCGCCGGCAGCCCAAGUGCCACUGCCAGCCCAACUACGGCGGCGAGCGCUGCGAGGUGGACCAGUGCCGGGACUACUGCCUCAACGGGGGCACCUGCGCCCCGUCGCCCUCAGGCUCCCCCACCUGCCGCUGCCUGAAGGGCCACACGGGGCCCCGCUGCGACCUGCACACCUGCCAGAACUACUGCCAGAACCGGGGCAACUGCACCGUCACCCCCGCGAACCAGCCCACCUGCCUGUGCCCCCCCGGCGUCCUCGGGGACCAGUGCCAGUACACUGCGUGCGAGGGCCGCUGUCUGAACGGGGGCCAGUGCCUCCAGGGGCCCGGCGGGGCCCAGCAGUGCCGCUGCCCCCCCCAGUACCUGGGCAGCACCUGCCAGGUGGACCGCUGCCAACUAACUGCCGGGACCGGGAAGUGCACCCCCACCAACACGCUGCACCCCACCGGGGAGGUCACCUGCCUGUAAGGGUCACAGAGAGAG